UACUUUAAGGUUAGGAAAAUCUUAAAUCUAAAACAAAAUAUUUAUAUUUCCAUUUUAGAUUCAAUUUUUAUAUUAUAACAAAAUAAAAUGAUCGGAGUAAGAGUAAGUGCUUUUAAUGAAAAUGGCUUGGGUGAACCUGACCAAGAUGCAAAUUCCGCAUUAACAGAAUUAGAUAAAGGACUGCGGUCAGGAAAAGUAGGCGAACAGUGUGAAGCAAUUGUGAGAUUUCCGAAAUUGUUUGAAAAAUACCCGUUUCCAAUAUUAAUCAAUGCUUCCCUGCUUAAAUUAGCAGAUGUCUUUCGAAUGGGCAAUAAUUUUCUUCGUUUAUGUGUGUUACGAGUAUGCCAGCAAAGUGAAAAACAUUUGGACAAAAUCUCAAAUGUUGAUGAGUUUGUACGUAGAAUAUACAGUGUAAUCCAUAGUAAUGAUCCCAUCGCUAGAGCUGUGACUUUGCGGAUAUUUGGAGCAGUUGCUGCUAUCAUACCAGAAAGGCAACAAAUCCAUCACUGUAUAAGAAGCAGUCUAGACUCCCAUGACAGUGUUGAAGUUGAAGCAGCAGUUUAUGGAGCUGUACAAUUUGCAGCACAGUCAAAAACAUUUGCUAUAAGUAUGUGCAAUAAAGUAUCAGACAUGAUCCAAAGACAGUCCACUCCUGCAAAUAUGAAACUUCAACUUAUACCUAUUCUUCAGUACAUGCAUCAUGAUACCAAUACAGCAGCCAUGGUUAGAUCUCUGUGCAUAGAACUAUUGCCAGGUUACCCUGCUCAGGAAUUUGUUCUUGUCACAUUGAAUGCCCUGACGAAAUUAGCUGCAGCUACUUUGGUGGAUAUACCAAGCCAAGUAAAUCUACUUUUGAAUUACUUAAAGAAUGAUCCCCGCUGGGAGAUCAAGUUAAAAGCUUUGGAGCAUUUAUAUGAGUUGGCCAAGCCAGGUGCUCAUCUAUGGCCACCUGGGGCAGUGGACGAAAUCAUUAAUUAUGCUUUAAAUUCAAAUAAAAAGAAAAUUCUUUCACCAUCAUUACGUGUACUUCAGGUAUUAGUAGAAUCUCCAAGGAUGUGUCAUGAACAUAGAUCAUCUGGAUCAAAGCUCAGAGAACUUUGCAGUAACCAUUGUUAUUCUCCAGAACCAGCCAUAGCAGCUCAAGCGAUUCAAAUACUUAGCCAAAUAUUUUGCUACUGCUACAAAGAAAACAUAGAGACUGACGGUGAGCAAGAAGUGAUAUCAGCAUUAGAAACGCUGAUUUUACUAUUGACUUUCAUUAAAGAACAACAUUCAACUCAACUAAAGACUGUUCUGAAGUGCGCUGUUAGGCUGUGUGAGGCUAAACAUCAGUAUUGUGAAGUAUUUGUGGAACUUUUAGGAACUCGGCUGGAUAAUAUAGAAAGUGAUAACACUUUGACAAUUUGCGAAGCCUUGGGUGCCAUUGGCAGCCUUAAACCCGAAACACUGCUUCCACUUAUCGAUACCAUUCUAAGUCUUCUUAAUGUUCUCUCGACCGUUAAUAGUCCUACUGCUCUUCAGACGCAAACAAAGACAAUGCUGUGCACUCUCAUAUUUCAGUCAUUGUCGGGUUAUAAAUGGAAUGACACCACGUACGAUACUAUUAUUAAUGUUAUUGACAACAACAAUUUAUGGGCAAACUAUUGUAUUGCAAGAGCAGCCAUGCGAUAUGGUCAUCAUAAGGUAGCUCAUCAUAUUUUUCUGGGACUAGCGGAACAGGUUAGUUCGGAACAUUUUCAUUUUUGGUUAAUAUGUUUAAAAGAAUUAUCCGAGGCUGAAGCUCAGCUCUACAGUGAAGAUUCAGAUUCUCUUGUUAAUAGGCUGGAUACCGCUGUGAUACAUUACAACAAGGCUAUAGCUGCCUUAAAGGCUGCCAGUACCCCACAACACACCCUCACAUUCCAAGCAGAGUACAUGAAAAUUCGAAGUGAAUAUUUACAAUGUUUACUUCAGUUAAUUUAUAGUUGUAACAUUUUGUGCAUAGUGCCUCCUCCUGCCAUAGCAGCCACCAUAGUGCAAAGUACGAGAGAUGAAUAUCAAAGGCACGGCUAUAUUACUAACCAACUCCGAAAAUGUGUCAAGGACUUCAAGAAUUGUGGCGAUUUGCAUUGGAAAUUGUACCAAACUACUUUUGAUGCUGAUCCUGCUACCUUAGAAAAUAUGCAAAUUCUGCAACAGAUGUGCGUGCUACUGGAAAAAUGUGUAGAAAGUGUAUGCGUCAAUGGUAGUAAAAUAAAAGACGAAUAUAUUGAAUUUGGGUCAAAGACUACCAGAUUAGAAUCUCAACAACUGGUCAAAGCUUGUGAAAGUGCUCUCAAGAUUGCACAAAGUAUUGGUGAAGAUGGAAUCAAUUCUACUAUAACACAUAACCAAGUGGAAGUUCUUAAAAAAAUCAUAGAGAUCCUCGUGAAUGCAUCUUUAUCAAUACCGAGGUACUUUUUCCAAGUAUUACAAUCAACAAGCGUAAAACUAGCCAUUUCUCCACAACCUAGGGUAUCUGGAGAAUUCAUAAGUGUUCAGGCAGGGUCACAGUUGGCUGUGAAAGUGGAAGGUGUGAUACAGCACGGAAUGAAACCAGGUCUAUUUAGAAAAAUAAAAGAAGUCGUUAUUAACGUUACUUCGCAGUUACAGAGCAAUUCGAAAAACAAGGAUAUUGUGGAUCCUAAGUUACUUGAACAAGUAUCGCUUCUGACUCAAACAGUUACCCCCCAUAAAGAUUUCUUUACCGCUCAAUUUUUAUUGGCCUUUCCCAGGGGAGGUCAUUAUCUGUUGGCGGUUGAAGCGUCAGUCAUAGAUGAGCAGACUAACACCUGGAAAACGGGACCGAAAUCCUCGUUAACUGUGAAGGUUCCCGAAGAGACGAAACUGACCCCGAUUUCUGUACCUGGAAUGGCUAGUAAUGCCAAUCUGAUCUUAAUGGCAGAAGACAGUUUGUUCGUUCGUCCGCAUCAAAAAAAGACUUAAUCAUUUAAAAUAGUGUAUUUUUA